GGGAAAAUGGCGGACGGGAAGGCGGGAGAGGAGAAGCCUGAGAAACCGCAGCGAGCUGGAGCCGCCAGAGGACCUGAAGAAGAAGCAGAAAAACCUGUGAAAACUAAGACUGUUUCUUCCAGUAAUGGAGGGGAAAGUUCCAGUCGCAGCGCUGAGAAGCGAUCAGCUGAAGAAGAAGCUGCAGACCUCCCAACAAAACCUACAAAGAUCUCCAAGUUUGGAUUUGCCAUAGGUAGUCAGACGACAAAGAAAGCCUCAGCCAUAUCCAUCAAACUUGGAUCAAGUAAGCCUAAAGAAACUGUUCCAACACUUGCUCCAAAAACCCUUUCAGUAGCAGCAGCUUUUAAUGAAGAUGAAGAUAGUGAGCCAGAGGAAAUGCCUCCAGAAGCAAAGAUGAGGAUGAAGAAUAUUGGAAGGGAUACACCAACAUCAGCAGGACCAAACUCCUUCAAUAAAGGAAAGCAUGGUUUUUCUGAUAACCAGAAGCUCUGGGAACGAAAUAUAAAAUCUCAUCUUGGAAAUGUCCAUGACCAAGACAAUUAAAUGAUGUUUUGAAAUUGGGGUGUGGGGGUGGGUGUAAAGUUAAAAGGAACAGUUUCCUUUUUUAAAGAAUGGUAUAAGACUAUCUUUGGAGCCGCCUUUUUUUUUUUUUUUUUUUUUUUUUAAGAUUGAGUGGUACACUAAUAAAUGAGAGUUUGAAAUUAGAGGUAAUUUAUGUUUUAUAUACAGAUUUCAAGACAUUUGCUAAUUUUGUAGUUUCAUGUGAUUAGUUUCCAAAGGUUACAGAUAAUAAAAAAUCAGAAAUGGUACCUUUCUAAGAAUUGCAUAUUUUUUUAGACACAACUAUUAGCACAUUAAGAGGAACGCAAAAAGUUAUCGUCUAUUAACCUGCAAGCAAUUACUCUUAACUCCCUUAUUAACCUAAAGUGUCUGGCUCCCAGGAACAGCCUUAUAGAGAGGGAGUAUUGUAUGGGGAAGAAAAUGUUACUGACCUAUGACUGAAAAAAGUACAUUAGAUAAAAUUAAAAUACGGCUUUUUUCCCCC